GCCCACAUUCAAUAAACCGCUGUGUUAUUAGAGCUGGUCCAGCUGUUUAUAUCAGUAUCGCUUUCUCCCAGUCGUGUGUCAUAAUGGAGAAAGGUGUGAAGCGUGUGAUCGCUGCAAGGGAGCGUUUCUGUUAUAUUACACGGGUGCAGAGUUUCAGCGCUUGCCAUCGACUGCACAGUAAAUCACUGACUGAUGAAGAGAACGAGAGAAUAUUUGGAAAAUGCAACAAUCCCAAUGGCCAUGGACACAACUACAAAGUUGAAGUUACAGUACGAGGAAAGAUUGACCAAAACACAGGAAUGGUGAUGAACAUCACUGAUCUUAAACAGAGUAUAGAGGAGGGAAUCCUGAAACCACUUGACCACAAAAACCUGGAUCUGGAUGUGCCAUUCUUUGCUAAUACCGUCAGCACAACUGAAAACCUGGCAGUGUUUAUCUGGGACAACAUGGUCAAGCUCCUUCCACCUAACCUGCUCUAUGAGAUCAAGGUGCAUGAGACGGACAAGAACAUUAUUGUGUAUCGAGGGGAGUAAAGCAGUUCCUUGGUUGAUGCUUGUUCAUUUAGAUUUUUAGACAUUGUAGAUUUUUAUUAGAUUAGAGCAAGAGGAACACCUGCUGUGGCCUGCGCAUUAGGAUUAACAUAAGGCACAAAAGAGAAUGUGGCUCAGCUCUCUACCAUGUGAUGUGAGACUGAUCCUAUUAAACAUGGAGCUUACAGCAAGUGUAAAUCUUUUUUCCCCACAAAUUAAUUUACAAUCCAACUUUGUUUCCUUAUGUCAAUUUUUGAACUUAUUUUCAACAUGUUUAUAUUAUUUGCUUGAAGUAACUCAUAUUUGUGUUAAUAAAUUGCUUACAGAUUUACAGUUGUUUUUAACACUAAUGUCAUUCUUAUUAACCAAGAAUCAUUUUUUUCUCUCACAACAAAGCUUUAAACCUAUUGUAUAUUGUAAUAAAUUAUUUUUAAAUUAUGGUUAUUUAUCUUCAUUGAGUGGUUCCUUAUUCCAUUUUUGUAGAAUGUUUCAUUUCUUGAAAUGUGAUCUAAAUCUUUUUCUAUUGUUACUGUACUUAACCUCACAUUCCUCACUGAAGACAGAACACACUUCCAGUGCGUUACUGCUGAUUUACGCCGCUGUCUGUGGUUUGCCCUGGAGUUUUCACACAUACAGUACAUGUUGACAGUGUUCAGUGAUCUAUGAAGAUGUAGAUAAUCAGUGACAGAGAAAGUAAAUCUAAGUGUCUAUGAAGCACUUCAGAAGAAAUCAGCCUACAAAUCAAAAAUGACUACCUAGCGAUUUAUAAAGCCGGUAA